GCAAUUGAAUUUCAAUUUCCCUCAGGACUUAAUAUCUCCGCCCUUCCCCCAUCUCAACCCUUCCUCACAUUUCCACCUUUCUCUCUCUGUCUUAUUUUUUUCUCCUCUUUCUCUCUCUCUCAAACCCUAACCCUAAUCCAUCCAAACGGAAUCGCUAUGAAAGGAGGUAAAUCGAAGUCAGAUGCCAAAAACACCAAGCUUUCCGUGAACAAGAAACCUGCCAAGGCAGCAGGUAAGAAAUCUGGCAAAGCUGCCAAGGAUCCAAACAAGCCAAAGAGGCCGGCCAGUGCCUUUUUCGUUUUCAUGGAGGAGUUCAGAGAGCAGUACAAAAAAGAGCAUCCUAAAAACAAAUCCGUUGCUGCUGUUGGCAAAGCUGGUGGAGACAAAUGGAAGUCAAUGUCGGAGUCUGAAAAAGCACCAUAUGUUUCCAAGGCUGAGAAGAGGAAGAUCGAGUAUGAGAAAAAAUUGAAAGCCUAUAACAAAGGACAGGCUGAAGGACCCAAGGAAGAAGAGGAAUCUGAGAAGUCGGUGUCUGAAGUGAAUGAUGAGGACGAAGAAGAUGAGGAUGGCAGUGGAGAGGAAGAAGAUGAUGAGUAGGAAGGGGCAAAGGAGAAUAGCAUAGUCAUGUAGUUUGUGACUGUUUGAACAACUCAUGUUAAUGGGGAUAUUUGCUUCUUAAUUUUUUGCUGCUUUUGUCUUCAAGGAGAAGGAUAUCUCUGCUCCCUCUUAUUUUAUCCUUCUCCUGUCUGGGGAAAAAAAUUAAAUAGUUGUAGAAGGGAGAUUGCUACUGCGUACUUUGCACCAACAAUUAAUGAUUAAGCUAAGUGGUUAUCUUUUGUAGAGAA